CCAGCAGCUGAUCGGUAAUCCAGAAGAAGUUUCCCCUCAGUUAGGGGGGAGCUCCACUUUGAAGCAGGAGACUCCACAACCACCCUGCAUUAAAAAGGAAGAGGAGGAACUCUGCAUCACUCAGGAGGGAGAGUGUCUUCUAGGACGAGAGGAAGCUGAUUACACCAAGUUUCCACUGAGUAUUAUCUUUGUGAAGACUGAAGAUGAUGAAGAGAAACCACAAGUAGACAACCUCUUAGCUCCACUAUCAGAUAGUGAGGCUGAAGACGAGGUUGAAGAACCUUUGAGCAGCAAUAAAGACUGUGAAGGUGAUAUGAGGACUCACACUGACAACAAACACUCUGAAUGCUCUACAAAGAAGAGAGGUAAAACAUGUUUGAGCUGCUCAGUUUGUGCUGAAAGUUUUACUAAAAAGAGCCGUUUGACUCAACACAUGAGAACACACACAGGUGAAAAACCAUUCAGUUGUUCAGUUUGUGGCAAAAGCUUUUCUCGAAAUUAUGGUUUGACUGAACACAUGAGAACACACACAGGUGAAAAAACAUUUAGUUGUUCAGUUUGUGGUGUAAGCUUUUCUCGAAAUAGCAAUUUGACUAAGCACAUGAGAACACACACAGGUGAAAAACCAUUUAAUUGUUCAGUUUGUGACAAAAGCUUUUCUCAAAAUAGCUAUUUGACUAAACACAUGAGAACACACACAGGUGAAAAACCCUUUAAUUGUUCAGUUUGUGGCAACAGCUUUUCUCAAAAUAGCAAGUUGGCUCAACACAUGAGAACACACACAGGUGAAAAAACAUUUAAUUGUUCAGUUUGUGGCAAAAGUUUUUCUGUUAAGUGCAAUUUGACUGAACACAUGAGAACACACACAGGUGAAAAACCCUUUACUUGUUCAAUUUGUGGCAAAGGCUUUUCUGUUAAGUACAAUUUGACUCAACACAUGACAACACACUGGACUAAGACCAUUUAAUUGUUCAGUUUGUGGUAAAAGCUUUCCUCAUAACGGCUCUUUGUGGCGACACAUGAGAACACACGCUGGAGAAAAACCAUUUAGUUGUUCAGUGUGCUGUAAAAGGUUCACACAUAAUACAGACGCAGUAAAACACAUAAGAACACACAAGGGAAAAUAACCAAUUAGCUGUUUAGUUUGGGGUAUGUUGCUCAUAUGUGGUGACAUCCACCCUACCCAGGACCUCCUCACUGCUUCUUUCACAAAUAUCUGAGGUAUUCAUACAAACUUGGAUUAUUUGGAGCAUAAUAUUAUCCACUCAUGAUCCCAUGUUUUCUCUGUAUCUGAAACCUUCCUGAACAGUAAGAUAGAUGAUGCUUCAAGUGCUUGGUUGCUCCUUCUUCAGUCCAGGGACCUGGGGCCUCAUGUGUCAAGUUUGCCCACGCUCAAAAACCUGCACUACACCCUUUUUCACUGCAAAGUUGAGAUGUAUCAAAACUGACGUUGACGCAUAAGUGAUGCUGGGUAACUGUUUGCAUAACAAACUGCCAACUUUUACUCUUUGACUUUGUCAUGUUGUAUUUUUAAGUUAUCAUGCCAUGAUUUUACCCGUGGAAAUAUAUUUUCCUCCAUGCGGCUCCUGAGCUAAAAUUAGUUUGACACCCCUGCUGUAAUCUGACUUAUGUGAGCAGGUUACUGUAUAAACAUACCUAUCGCUAGGUAGAAAUGAGCAGUUUCACCAACAUUUUUAUGUGAAACCAUAUUACUAACUUGCUGGUGUUUAACAGGAUUCAUGGAAGUUUAUUGUCAUAGCAGCACACGAUACACAUGAGAUGGCACACAAUUUAGUAGCACGUGAACAAUAGGAUUGGUCCUGGUGGAGUCCCGCCUCCACAGACAGAUCAG